AUGUUAACAAAUAAGCUGAGGAAACAACAGGCUAACGCUCAGAUACUAAAGAUUAUAUACAAUAAAAUAACUUAUACAAACCCAAGAGAUAUCGGUAACUGUUUUAGAGAAUAUUAUGGUGCAUUAUAUAAUAUCCCAGAUGAAGCCCCUAUAAAUAAGAUUAAACAAUAUCUGACUAGUACAAAGCUAUCGAAAAUAGACCAGACUAAGACAGAGAGUUUAAAUAAACAGAUUACAGAGGAGGAGGUAAAUCGGGCAAUAAUGAAAACUAAGAAACAGAAAACUCCCGGCCCAGAUGGAUUCUCUAAUCUGUUCUUUCAUACAUUCAAAUCUAUCCUAAGUAAACAAUUAGCAAUAGCAUUUAACAAUGCGGUGCAAGAGGGAAGUUUCCCUGAAGAGAUGACCAGAGCGAAUAUGCUCCCCAUUUUGAAACAGGGAAAAGAUCCAACUGUCAUGGCCAGCUACCGCCCCAUAUCCUUAAUCAAUUCGGAUGUAAAAAUAUUCUCAUCCAUCCUAGCAGAGCGUCUCAAGAGUAUUAUUAGAACUCUAAUCCAUAACGAUCAGAUUGGUUUUAUACCAGACAGAUGGGUGGGCUCUAAUUCAAGGAGAAUUAUAGAUAUCAUAGAUAACGCCAAUAAGAAACACAUCCCCCUUAUGACUUUAGCAGUUGACGCAGAAAAAGCUUUUGAUAGGCUGAAUUGGAAGUUUUUAGAAGCAUCUCUAGAAGCAUAUGGAAUAGAUGGCUGGUUGUUAAGAGGCAUUAUGUCUUUAUAUAAAAACCCUUCAACUAGAAUAGUAGGCCCAAAUGUCUGCUCAGACUGGGUACAUAUAAGUAAUGGGGUGAGACAAGGUUGCCCACUUUCACCUUUGUUAUAUAUCCUUUCAAUAGAAUCUUUAGCGGAGAAUAUUCGGAACAACGAAGAUAUAAAAGGAUAUAAAAUAAGAGAUAAAGAAUUUAAAAUCAGCCUGUAUGCGGAUGAUAUUCUGCUAUCAAUUACUGAUCCAACUAGUUCUUUAAACUAUUUGAUGGAGGAAGUCAGAAAGUACAGCCAGCUAGCCAACUAUAAGUUAAAUAAUGAAAAAACAGUUGUGAUGGGUAUUGAAUUAGAUAAGAAAUCAAGGGAAGAAAUUAGUAAAAAAUACGCAUUCACAUGGUCUGACCCUCCAUCAUCAAAUAAGUGGUACUUGGGUAACUGGUUGAAGAAGGGGAAUCCACACAAAGUGUCUCUUGCAUCUUCAUUAGACACUAAUAUGGUAUCAUCCCAUGGAUACAACAAGGAGAAUCAAGAGCAGGGCACUAGAGCAGGAAAUACAGAAUCAUGUGGUCCAAAGGAGUUUACCACUUCUUUUACCCCCACUCGAGACACCAAGAAUGCACAAAAAGGCUCUGAAAGCAGACGAGGCAGAAAGAAGUCUCCAUCUCAAUUUCAAAACACCACACUAAGGAGAGAUAUUUUGAAAAAUCAGUCCAGACAUUUUGCAAAGGAAUCUGUAGAGGCACCACGAGAUGGACUCAAAAUAGAGAAAAUUGCUACUAAAGCAGAAAUUACUACAAAUAUGCCCCCUAACAGACCCAAUGCUUCUACAAAUGGCUCUCACAAACCCAACAUGAAGAAAGAACCCAAAUCCUCUCCCUGCCUUGCAGCAGAGAAUAAAAAGUCUAAGUCUUUACCAAAAUCCCUUCAGAAGUCCAGAGGGUUUGUUAAAACAUCUUUAGUCCAAACGUCUAAAAAUUCAGAGAGCAAUAGAACAUCUCCUCUAAAACCCUCCAUUGAGCAGGAAGAUAUUUUUUAUCGCUCAUUAUUAACUCCUAUGAAGGGGCUUCUUUCACCCCUUAGUGACCCUGAGGAUCAGUUACCUCUUAUUGUAAAAAAGGACUCAAACCUGUUGUCCCAGAUUCCUGGAUGGCCGUACAAAAAUGCAGAGCAGCCCACGAUUGAAAAGAUUGCACCUAAGCAGUACCCAAAAGAGACCCAGAAACAGACCGAGCAAAGCUUCAAUAAGGGGAAGCGGACGCACAAGAGUGAUGAUGAAUUAAAAGGUAAUGAUGCCAAGAAACAAAAAGUAGAAGAAAAGACCACAAACUACAAAGUGCCCAGUAAAGAGUUGUCAAAACCAAAUCCUGUAAAGGAAAGAGAGUUACUUCCUUCACCUGCAACCCCAGCUCUACAGAAAGAUUUCAAGUCUGAACAUGGGUCUCGUAAAAGAACCAUUAGCCAGUCUUCAUCUCAGAAAUCCAGCAGCAGUGGCAGCACAAAGGAUAGUGGCACCGAAAGUAAGUCUUCUGAUAAGCAAAGAAAAAGUAGCACCGAGGAGACAAAGGUAAACAUUGCAAUGGAUAAACCCUCAGGUAAUACAGCUUCUGUCGCUUUUGUGCCAGCAAUCGAUAAAAAAUUGUGGAGAGCAAAACUGACCUUCGAAGACAGAACCCAUUCGGCUGAUCACUAUCUACUGGAAGCGAAAAAAGUAAAGCACAAGGCUGAUGCGUUGUCAGACAGGUUCGAGAAAGCAGUACUCUACCUUGAUGCAGUGCUUGUUUUCAUUGAGUGCGGAAACGCUUUAGAGAAGAGUGUCGAAGAAUCAAAAUCUCCAUUUCGGAUGUAUGGUGAAACAUUAGAGUUAAUAAAGUACACCUUGAAAUUGGCAUGCCCUGCAGCCCCUGAUGCUACAUCAGCUGAUAAGAGACUUGCUGUUCUUUGUCUUUGCUGUCAAUCCCUUUUGUACUUGAGGUUAUUCAAACUGAAGAAGGAGAGUGCAUUGGUAGAUUCCAAGACAUUAACUGAACAGCUAAAGAUCUCUUACGGUAAUUCUCAAGCUCCAUCUCCUACCAGGGGAAGCAAAUCCAUGAGUAUGCCUUUCCCAGUGUCUCCGAAGCUGUCUCCCGGCAAUUCUAAUAGCUAUUCCUCCAAUGUGUCCAAUACUACUGGAGACACGUCAUUUGUGACUAUAUCACAGAAGAUUCACCAGAUGACAGCCAGCUAUGUCCAGGACACGUCCAACUUCCUUUAUGCCACUGAAAUUUGGGACCAAGCAGAACAACUCUGCACAGAGCAAAGUGAAUUUUUUUCUGAAUUGGAUAAAGUUAUGGGCCCCCUGAACUUCCAUUCCAGCACCAUCCCAGAACUGGUAUGCUACACCCGUCAAGGCCUGCACUGGUUACGCUUUGAUGCCAAGUUGAAACAUUAA